AUGACUGAGGUUUACAAAAUCAUAGGCAGAGAAGGAGGGCCCGCCGGGCGGGCGCACUCUCACAGAGACACCUUCCCCGGAGGUCCCUUUCCCUCUCGCUCCCCAGGGCUGCUGGAGAGACCGGCGCUCCCACCGCAAGCAGCCGCCGACAUUGCCAGCUACAAGGUCUUUGUGUCCGGGAGGAGCGCGGUGGGCAAGACAGCUCUGGUGGCCUCCCUCGGGGGCCUGCAGGUGCCCUCCGCACACCACGAGACAACAGGGAUCCAGACGACGACGGUGUAUUGGCCAGCCAAGCUGCGUGAGAGCAGCAGACCGCUUUUCUUCAAGUUCACCUUCUGGGACUGUGGGGAGUCUGUGCUGAAGAAGUUUGAUCACAUUCUGCCGGCCUGCACCAAGAAAGUGGAUGGCUUUCUCCUUCUGUUCUCCUUCACCGACCGGGCCUCUUUUGAUGACUUGCCAGGCCAGAUCUCUCGUGUGACAGAGGGAGCCAAGGCGGCUGUCAGAAUAGUAGUUGGCACCAAGUUUGACCAGUUUGCGCACACCGAUGUCACAGAGCGUGAUGUAGCCGCCUUCUGCCACACUUGGGGCCUGCCGGUGCUGCGAGCAAAGAGCGUCAGCUCCCCAGACGGCUGUGCUGGACUGUUGGACGUGGCUCACCUCCUGAACGGGCUGGCCGAGCACCUCUGGCGGCAGGACCAGUGGGCGGCGGGCCUCCUCCCCCCCAGCCCUGGCUCCAAAGACCUGGCUCUCCCUGCCCUCGCGGGCAGAUCGGCAGACAGUUCCUAGAACAGCCAGUGGGCAGUCUGGAUGGGCUGGCCUGAGGCACUACCUCCUUUAGGAGGUGGUGCCUGAGGACAGGAAGGGUUGCCAUGGUGACCUGGCUCGAGGGCACCAAAAUGGAGAGUAAGGGGGGGUGCUGGUAGGACCGUGGCUGGAAAAGAAGGUCUCGUUCUCACACUUUCUGUGACGUGCCUUAGAAUCUGGGCAUCUCCACACCUCCCGCUUCCCGAGCUGCAGAGCAGUGGUGUCACAGUCUGCAACCGAUGGCAAGAGACGUGGGCUGUGUCCUCUCUCUAGGUUCCUUCCGUCCCCUUGGCUUUGGGACAUGCCUGUCCGGGUGGGUGGGUGCUAGUGUUCAGGGUGACCAAGGCAUAACGUUGCCUUGGUAACAGUGCCACCAGGCGGACCCCCCAACAGCCCUGACCUCCCGGCCCCCGCAGCACCUCCAGCAGCUGCCGCCCCUUGGCUUCUGGGCAUCGCUCCCUCUCCCCCAGGGGACAAAAGGGGAGCCUGUGGUAAGGGUGUUCACCCCCCCCCCAUGCAGACUGCUCUGCCAGGACGCCUCCAAAGAGAGAGGCAGGCAGGUGCCACCACGUGAGGCCUCAGUGGCGGUGAGCGAGGGAGGGGGGCGCCGCCGUGGCUGGAGCUCAGGGAGACCAGAGCCUGGGUGCCGCUCCUGAAGCCACGCCGCCCUCUGGCCUCUGGGGGGUCCCUCUUCAAGGGGCCUUGCCCUCCCCCACUGGAGGGAGUGUUCGACCCCGCCUGUAAAUUGGCUGCCACCACUCUCAUGGAGUACGUUUUGUGUUUCAGUGGCACCCUUGUUGCUGGGCGGCCUGUUGAAGCAGCAUGCUGAGGCUACUGCUGGGCUCCUUUGCCUGACCUGGCCGACGGACGGACGGACGGACUGCCGUAGGGGGCUGGCUGAAGCACCUGCGAGAGCAGCGAGGGCGGAGUUCUUGGCAGCCGGAGAGGCCAGAGGGAAGGGCCCCCUCUGGGGCCAAGUCUUCCUUGCAGGCUGAGGGGGGCUGGGGACAGGCACGCGUUCUGGGCCGCGGCCUGAAGAGAGGUGGCAGGCUGGCACCGGUCCCUCACAGCCGCCUGGCAUGCUCCUGGGCCCCCUGCAGGCUCCAUAGUGGCUCCAGGGAAGCCUGUCUUGGAGCAGCUGCCAGGGCCUACGUUCCCCAGGUACCCCCAGGACCCCGUGAUCGGGCAGUGGGAUUUCGGAGGGGAGACCACGCCAGCGAGGAGCAGAGGGCGGUGCCUGGGAAGAAGGGCUGGAAGGCCUUGCCCAGAGCGGGAGGGGGCUCUGGGCUGG